AUGGACCCAACAACAGCUCAGCCCCUGGCCGACCGCUCCACCAACACCCACCUGGCUGGCGCAACCGACAAGACAGACCUCAAGGGCUCAGACAUCUCAUCGAUGGAGUACCACCGUCAGGUCCUGCAAGGCAAAGUAGCAGGUGAUGAACAACCAACUUCCUACGUUUCACCCUCAGAUGAAAUCAUGAGCCCCUGCACAAAGAAACUAAGCAACAUCAAGGGCAAGCGGUUCAAGAAUGCCGGAAAGCCCCAGUCAUUGUUUGCUAAGCUCGGCAAGAAGAGCUACGAGCAAUCGUCAGCCGAGCAGGGCCGGAGCGAGAAUUAA